CUAGAUUUGAAUUGUGCAUAAUUUUUUUUAAACACCGCCAAAACACGCCGAGAAAAUUAAAUUUAUUUUUUUUUUAAUUAUUGACUAAAUACAACCAAUUUGCAAUAUGGAUUUGAACGAAGCUGUGCUCACCUGCGCAGUGAAUAUACACUGGACGAAUGCGGUGGGCGUAACGGGACGCAAAUUGGCCUACAAGACGGCCACGCUUCGUUUGAUACGCAACGAUCUACGAGAAAUGUUCCUGGAGCUGACGCCUGAGAAACUGAAGCCAAUGAAAUUUAAACUAAAGGAUAUAAUGGUACACAAGAAAUUCAUGUCCGAAGGCAAGGCCACUUUCAAUUUCAAAGCAGAGCUAUGUACACUAUAUUUAUCAAAUGCUCCACCCGGUACUCUGAUGUUCUUUCUUCGCACCAUUUUCAUCAAGAUGAAUGGCGGAAAUGGGGAAUCUGGCCAGCCAGAUGAGGCAUCGCUGCAAAAGAAAUUGCGCGAACACAUGCUCUCGGGAAGACCAAGCAGUUUCGAAGAGAUUAGCCCAGUGACCACAGCGGAGAUGAUUUUGGCGCGAAAAAAGGCGGGAAUAGGCUCAAGAGCUACCACAACUACACCCUCACCCCAAGGCGCUAAGAAACGUCGUCUCGAGGAAGACAGGGGUACAGGAAGCGGUAGCAGUUUACCAGCAGCCAAAAAACUAUACCAACAAUCAUCCACAUCCUCCAGCUCGAAAGCUGAAAGCGAAGACACUUUGCGUUUGAGUGAAGAGCAAAUGGAAGUCUUACGUUCGUGCACGGCUGGGAAAAAUGUAUUUUUCACGGGCUCUGCGGGCACAGGCAAAAGUUUUCUAUUACGCAAAAUAAUAUCAGCUUUGCCGCCCGAUGGAACAGUGGCAACGGCAUCGACCGGUGUGGCCGCUUGUCUGAUUGGUGGCACAACAUUGCAUGCUUUUGCUGGAAUUGGAGGUGGAGAUGCCACUUUGCCACGUUGCCUGGAGCUGGCCUCCCGUCCCGUAAAUGCACAGACUUGGCGUAAAUGCAAACGUUUGAUUAUCGAUGAGAUCUCCAUGGUGGAUGGGCAAUAUUUUGAGAAAAUCGAAGCAGUUGCUCGUCAUAUACGACGCAAUGAACGUCCUUUUGGUGGGAUUCAAUUGAUCCUAUGUGGUGACUUCCUCCAGCUGCCACCUGUGAUUAAGGUUGAUUUCGGUGCGUCGACACCUCAACAACGUUUCUGCUUUCAAUCGAGCGCCUGGGAAACGUGCAUUCAAUGUGUCUUCGAGCUAAAGCAAGUCCAUCGACAAUCGGAUCCGGAAUUUGUGAAAAUCCUAAAUCAUUUGCGAAUCGGUCAUGUCAAUGAUGUCAUCAGUUCCCGCCUGGUGGCCACGUCCAAGCAGAAAAUCGAGGGCAAUGGCAUUUUGGCCACACAAUUGUGCUCCCAUACGAACGAUGCGAACUCGAUAAAUGAAACCAAAUUGGAGAAUCUUAGCGGUGAUAAGGUACUCUUUCGCGCCGAGGAUUCUGAUGCUGGCAUGACCAAGCAAUUGGAUCAACAAAUUCAGGCCCCAUCUCAAUUGUAUCUCAAAGUAAAUGCCCAAGUGAUGCUUUUAAAGAAUAUCAAUAUAGCCAAUGGCCUGGUCAAUGGAGCUCGCGGUGUAGUGGUGCGCAUCGAGAAGGGUCUGCCCGUGGUGCGAUUUAAGAAUAAUCAGGAAUAUGCCUGUAAGCAUGAGAAAUGGAUCAUUAAAACAGCCACUGGUGGCCUUAUAACACGACGCCAAGUCCCGCUCAAGCUGGCCUGGGCCUUCUCCAUACACAAAAGUCAGGGUCUAACUCUGGAUUGUGUGGAAAUGUCGCUCUCCAAAGUGUUUGAAGCCGGUCAAGCUUAUGUGGCCUUAUCGCGAGCCAAAUCCCUGCAAUCGGUACGCAUUCUGGACUUUGAUGCCAAGCAGGUGUGGGCUAAUCCUCAAGUACUGCAGUUCUAUAAGAAUUUCCGAAGACGUCUCAUCGACACGAGUAUGAUUCCCUUGGGACCCAAAAAUAAGGAUCAGAAGCGUAAGCCCGGUGAUGCUGCUAGCGCUCUGGCCAAGAUUAAAAAGAGUCUAAUGAGCAAGCCACUUGUUUCAAUCAGCUAGUGCACGAACUGAAUAUUUACUAAAUUAAUUGAGACAAUUAGCUAAAUUGACUUUACUGACCUUUAAAUAGGCUUUUCAUUUUAAGACUUUUAGUUUUGAUAGAGUCUUAAAGUCAAGACCCUUAAAAACUCUAGAAAUUAAUCGACUAAGAAGAAUUCUUUAAUCAAAAACUUUAAAAAGAGGCUUACAAAUUUAAAAUUUGUUAUAAAAAUUAGAAAAUGUCUUUCAUUUUUUUGAAGAACUAAACGAUUUUCAUAUUUCUAAGCCUCUCUGAUCUAUAAUUUUCCUUUAAACUUUUUCUAAAACUAAUGAAAAUUUAAAAGCAUUCAAACUUUAGUUCAUUCCUGAAUAUCUUCUGAUGGAAAUUAGGGUGGAUUUAUACGGACAUUUGUUGAUAUAAAUUUCCUAAACAGUUUCUUCAACAUAUAAUGUCAUUUUUCUUUAGUAAGUAAUUGGAAAAUAAACCUAGGCUCUCCAGUAUUUCUUCGAUAAGUGCUUUACAUUUAAUUCCAAAGCACUUAUCGAAUAAACUACUUCAUUUAUCUUGAA